AUGGCAGUAGUGAAGAAGAGAACGAAGAAAUAAGUGAGGAAAGUGAUAUUGAAGGAAAGACUGAAGUGAAGGAAGAACCAGAGCUACGUGCAAAAAAGAAAAUGGAAGAAAGAGCAAUAACGAUAGAAAUCCCUGAAGUUCUGAAGAAGAAGCUUGAGGAUGAUUGUUACUAUAUCAACAGGAGGAAACGGUUAGUGAAACUUCCGUGCCAGACCAACAUCAUAACUAUUUUGGAAUCGUAUGUGAAGCAUUUUGCUAUCAAUGCAGGCUUUUCAGCCGAAGAGAAGCCUCGUCACCAUCACACUAUGCCACACGCCAACAUGAAUGUACGUUAUAUCCCAGCAGAAAAGAACGUGGACCUUUGUAAGGAGAUGGUGGAUGGAUUAAGAAUAACUUUUGAUUACACUCUCCCAUUGGUUUUGCUCCAUCCGUAUGAACAAGUUCAGUAUAAAAAGGUGACUUCGUCCAAAUUUUUUCUUCUGAUUAAGGAAAUCACCGCAAACACUCAUGGGAACCAGGAGGCGCUCUCUCCAAGCCCACCUUUGUUGAAUCUGUCCGCACCACAGCCCACAGCGAGUCAGCCAACCGCAGGCGAGCCAGCCACCCCCAAAAGGCGCAAAGCUGAGCGGGAAGCCUUGCAGUCCCGGAGGCGGUCCGCACGCCAGUCUGCCAGCUGCGACGGGCCGUCUGAGAGCAGCGCCUCGCCUCAGCCCAAGCGCCGGCAGCAGGACACAUCCGCCGGCGUGCCCGAGCUGCUCCUGCACCUGGAAAAGAAGACACCUGUUCACAGCAGAUCAUCCUCGCCUGCUCCUCUGACCCCUAGCAAGGAAGGGAGUCCGGUGUUUGCUGGCUUUGAAGGCAGAAGAGCUACUGAAAUAAAUGAGGUUCUCUCCUGGAAACUCGUGCCUGACAGUUACCUCCCAGGUGACCAGCCACCUCCACCCUCUUCCAUUUAUGGGUCGCAACACUUGCUGAGAUUAUUUGUGAAACUUCCAGAAAUCCUUGGAAAGAUGUCCCUUUCUGAGAAGAAUCUGAAGGCUUUACUGAAGCACUUUGAUCUCUUUCUGAGGUUUUUAGCAGAAUACCGUGACGACUUCUUCCCGGAGUCUGCCUAUGUUGCUGCCUGUGAGGCGCACUACAGCACGAAGAACCCCAGGGCGACUUAUUAAGGCUUUGUUGGUUUUGGAAGAACAGCUUCUCUGUCUAGCGUUGUGCUCUCGGUUCCCAGUAAACAACUAGGGAGUUGGUGGGCCUUCUUUACAGACAGAGUGAAUGCUACACCCACCAUGGGGCGCUGUGGCAGAGGCGGGCACAUUUGUUUGAGUUGCUUACCUACUGUAGUUAUUUCUGUUAAGAAUUACUUCCUAGGUGCCUGAACAGCCUCUAGCAUCUGACCCUUGGCACAGUACAUGUCAUCUGUGAUGGCAGGAAAAGAGACGCCAUCUCAUUUCUCUGUGAACAGUGAAAGGUUCAUGACAGUGUGCAUAGGUUGGGCUAUUUCAGUAGACAGAGUUACUUGUUAGCAAUAACCACAUUUUUUAGUUAUUUGUUAGCAUUGAACAAAAUUAUUUUGCAAACCAUUUUCAUUCUUGUGAUGGGGCUGAGCAACUCUGUUCAACAAAUUUUAGUUUUGCUUGGAAACUGAAAACUAGUCCCAGAAUAUUUUAGAGGGAGUUGAUAUUGAUGGCAAAAGAAAAUUUGCAGCUAUACAUUUGCUUGUUACAGUUCAUUUUCUAUAAAGCUUUAUUUUUGGUGAUCUAAAUAAAGCAUUGCCUAAAUGUUUCAGAUUUUAUAGCUACACUUGGUUGUGUAAUGUUAUGGUUCCCUUUCUGUAAAAUGUUAUUUUUGGUGAUCCCAAAUAAAUCAUUACCCAUCUUGUUGGAAAGA